AUGAAGAAUUAUUCAUGGGGACAAUCUCUUCAAGAAGUUACCAUCAAUGUCCCAGUUCCCCCUGGUACAAAAUCAAGAUUCUUGGUUGUUGAAAUCAAGAAUAAUUCCCUCAAAGUUGGACUCAAAGGUCAACCAUUAAUAAUAGAUGGUGAAUAUUUCAAAUCAGUGAAAGCUGAUGAAUGUUAUUGGAGUUUAGAAGAUCAGCAAGAAAUUUCAAUUCUUCUAACUAAACAAAACAAAUCUGAUUGGUGGAAAAGUUUAUUCAAAGGUGGACCAGAAAUUGACACACAAAAAGUAGAACCAGAACCUAGUAAAUUGUCUGAUUUGGACACAGAGACAAGGGCAGCAGUUGAAAAAAUGAUGUUUGAUCAAAGACAAAAGCAGAUGGGACUUCCAACAAGUGAGGAAAUUACAAAUCAAGAUAUGCUUAAGAAAUUUAUGGAACAAAAUCCUGAUAUGGCUAAAAAUUUUGCUAAUGCUAAGAUGAUGGGCAUGGGCUAAUUGCAUGGAAAUUCACUACUAAAAAUCAGGAAUUAGAGACGGACAAAUUCUGCAGUCUAACAAAAAAAUUCGUCCGAGCGAUUUAGCGACAAAAUUCAUAGCUAAUUCUAUUUUUUGGUAGUGAUUUUAUUUUUGCUGAUUUUUUUUUAAUCUCUAGUUGAUUUAGUUUUUAUUUUAUUUUAUUAUUGUAGUAUGAGAGAUUGGAAUUAUGGCUGGAGUGUUUCUUUGGAUUUCCUAGGGCUUUAUUACUUGGUCAAUGCUUAAAUUAAUUAAUCUUAAUUU